AUGAAUCCAAGAGUCAACCAGGAGUGGACCCCCUCUGAGGUAGAGGGGGCUAGAUCAAUCAUCGAUGGGCUCAACAACAAUUACUACAAUGAUGGCACCAGCCAUGGUAAGAACAAGAAGCAUGAGAUGAUGGACGAGCUCCAAACAUGGUUCCCUAGGAAGAGCAUGCAACAGUGUCCAAAGAAGGAGUGCCAUGUUACCAAUAGUGACCAUGGUGUCAAUUACACCGUGGAUGGCCCAAUGAGUAAAAACUUUGGAUUGCAAGAGGAGGCCGCAAUGGAAGGAACCGACUUUUUGUUUGGUUGUCCAUUGGAUAUUAGGCAAACCAUGGAUAGUCAAGAGGAGGUGCCGACGGUGGAGCCGAACAAGGUGGUGUUGGAGAAUAAGACGUGCAUCCACCAACCAGUGCUUGCACCACGUGCCAAGGGGUUUUGGACCCCUGAUGAACAUAGGCUCUUUCUCCAUGGCUUGAGCGUAUGUGGCCGUGGCAAAUGGAAGGACAUAUCAAAGCACUUCGUCACUAGUAGGACUCCGACCCAGAUUUCAAGCCAUGCACAGAAGUACUUCAUGAGGCUAAAGAGCAAAGGGUCAGGAAGCCAACGCUACAGCAUCAACGACGUGGAGCUCGAUGAUGCUAACCCAUGGAAAAUGGAGAAUAGCUUUAACUUCUGGCAAGCACUUGCCUUGCAAUCUACAGUUGGUGCUAAUAACCAAAAUUCAAGCUUCGAUUUGCAAACUCCUUCGAGUCCAUUUGUCACCAUGAACAAUAUACCCUAG